AUGCAGGGCUCCGAGGAGGACCGGGGUUCCGAAGAGGACAAGAAGGUGUGGGGGAGCCCGGGUCAGGUGGACGCGGAGAGCAGAGGAACCCGGGGCAGUGAGGAGCCGGGCGGGAGGGGAGGCGGCUGUCAGGCGGCACCGGAGUCCACCCCGACGGCCCAGGCCGAGCUGCAGCUGAGGCUGAAGCGGGAAGCAGAGCGGGAGGAGGCGGCACGGCAGCCGCAGGUGCUGCUGACGCCCUUGGCCGUGGCGGUUCGGCGGCCGCUGACGCAGAAGCGGCUCCUGAGCGCCUACGACGAGACGGAGGAAAAAGCCCCAGCGGGCAAAAGGCUGUGCCCGGAUGCCCCCCCGGACCCCUCAUCGGAACCCGGCUCCCCGCCUGCUAACGGCAGCUGGGAGGCAGAGAGCGACGAGAGCGAGGCGGAGGAGGAAUCGUCGGAUGGACACUCCCACUUGUCAGCUUACGAAAGGAAGAGGCUGAAGAACAUCACAGAAAAUGCCAAGUUCUUUGCCUCUCUGCAGCUGCACGAGUCAGCAGCAAGACUUCACCGGAUUGCAACCAAAAGACAAUUUCCUGUCACUAAAAGAACAAAGCCCAAGAAGGCAGAAGAGGAGCCGGUGCGGCGCAGAUCCAUGCGCCUGCAGCGAGUGGAGCCCUCCGAGAUUGCUGUGCCAGAGGUGUCCACCCAGCCCAGAGCAGAGGAAUAUCCUCAAGUUCCAGCUGGACCUUUGCCCAUGGUUCCAGAAGAUCAGAUGGGAGACAGUAAAUUGACAGAGGACUUACUGGCUAUGUGGAUGAGCAUAAGUGAGGUGGAAGCUAAUGAGGCUGAGAAGCACACACCUGACAUGGAAAGAUACCAGGAGAGCCUGAACAGAAUGGUGCUGAGCGAGGAGAACAUCAGAAAGGUGGUGAAGUACCGAGUGUGCUCUAUGGCCAUCCAUCCUUCAGAGAGCAUCAUCUUCCUGGCAGCUGGAGACAAGAAUGGGCAGAUUGGUCUGUGGAACGUGGACUGCAGGUCUGAGGAAGGAGCCCACAGCUUCGUUGCACACAACGACUCAGUCAACUGCUUGCAUUUCUCCCCCUGUAACCCUGCUCACCUGCUGUCCCUCAGCAGUGACACACUGCGCUGUGCCGACGUCACCAGAGCUGUCUUUGAUGAGAUCUACCGAGCUGAACAAAUGUCCUGCUUUGACUUCCUGGAAGAUGGCUCCUCCACAGCAGUAGUAGGACAGUGGAGCGGUGACAUCCUCCUGGUGGACAGACGGACACCAGGAACAUCUCCAGAGCUUUCUGCAGACAUUGGCUUCAGGAGGACAAGGACAGUGCACGUCCACCCAGUGCACAAGCAGUAUUUCAUGGCUGCUGGCUCCACGGAUGUUGCUGUUUAUGAUAUAAGGUACCUGAAGGCCAGCAAGAACAAGCCUGUGAGCACCCUUCAAGGACACACCAAAAGUGUGGCUUCUGCUUACUUCUCACCAGUCACUGGGCACAGGGUGGUGACAGUGUGUGCUGAUGACAAGCUGAGGGUCUACGACACCACCUCUCUGUCAUCGACUGUGGCAGCCCUCAGAACCAUCAAACACAACAACAACACGGGGCGCUGGCUGAGCAGGUUCAGAGCCAUCUGGGACCCCAAGCAGGAGGACUGCUUCGUGGUGGGCAGCAUGGUGCAGCCCCGGCGGAUAGAAGUCUUCCAGGACACAGGGAAGCUGCUGCACACCUUCUACAACCCAGACUGCCUCGCCUCAGUCUGCUCCAUCAACGUGCUUCAUCCCAGCAGGAACAUCGUGGUGGGUGGCAACUCCAGUGGCCGCCUUCACGUCUUCAAAGAAGAAACCACAGGGCUCAGAAGUUGA